AUGAAGCACUCCGCCGUUCUCCCGAUUCUCAAACUUGCCGUUGCUACCUUCGGUCUCGGCGUCGCGAAUGCAGCACCUCACUGCGUUGACAAGUUCUCCAAUGAGGUCGCCCUGUCCAAAUGCGAGGGCACCAAUCCUGGUGCGAGCGACUUCCACCUUGUCGAUGGUCCUGAUUCCGCGAGAACCGACAAUGACAUCCCAGUUACAACUCCUGCACCCAACCCCAGGUUCGUGAACGCUGGAUUCGACAAGAGAGUUGAAAAUGUUCAUACAACCUCCGGUGGCUCCUAG